CACAACCAUCAUUCAAAUAAUAUAUAGCUAUUUAAAGUCGUUGAGUUAAACGUUUUUGAGAAUAAUACUUAACGUUAAUAUCAAUUGAACGAAAACGAACAAAGAAACACUACUCACCUCAAGACGUGAUUAUAUGUUAAUAGCUUUAUAUUUCAUUGACGGUAAUUUCACAACCGACACACUGAACUUGCGCCAGAUGAGAAUAAUAUUCUUUCACCAACCAAACGUGUUGUACUAGUACUUGUGACAGAAUGAAGUAACUGAAAGAGCGACAAAAGAGCGCUUGCGCGAACUUCGGCUGACGAGUUGUCUCACGAUGUUAUUUCAUGAGAAAUUAACAUGUGUUGAAUUCUUUCCGUAUUAUGUUAAUAGUCCGAUCGCCGGCGAACUCACUCCGACAAAGUCGUUAAAAUGCAAGUGUUACAAUCGCACGAUGGUAUAUCGCGCCGCUUUGUGUCACACUUAUGUUGAAUUACGUAAUUUACGUUGGAGUUCGCGAUAGGCGAGACGGAAAUUACAUAAUUCGUGAUCGAUCGUUCGGAAAAAGGGAGAUGUAGGAAUUUUCACCGACUUUUUCGCGGUCAAAUGUGUCUCGAUGUUCGUAAAGAAAUGAUCAAUAUCGAGUCUCAAAAUUUUAGUCUUAAUCGGAUUCUUUUGCUUGCUGUAGGUUUAUGGCCUUAUCAGCGAACGAAAUUCGUUCGAUUCCGCGUCAUUUUAUUUUCCAGUAUCCUGAUGAGUUCUAUUAUAUUUCAGCUUACAGCGUUAAUCGCCGAACAACUCUCCGCUCAGCUUGUUAUUAAAGUUUCUGGUGCAGUGUUAUUUUUUUCUAUCUUUGUAAUUAAAUUCAACUCAUUUUGGAUUAAUCUUCAAAGUAUAAAGUGUUUAAUGGAGCAACUUCAGCGUAUCUGUGAUGAAUUGAAAGAUAAGAACGAGAUUGCUAUCUUAGAAAAAUAUGGGCGAGAUGCGAAACGUUAUACAAUUAAUAUUUUAUUGGUGACCGUAUGCAGUCUUGCCGUUAUUAUUGUCCAGCCAUUCUGGCCGUACAUUUAUAAUGUCCUACCGUUUAUGAACGGUUCUCGAUCAUGCUGUACCCUGCCGAUUGUAACUGAAUAUUUUAUCGAUCAAGAAAAAUAUUUCUACAUCAUUAUAUUACAUAUGGACGUAGCUUUUUGUAUAGGAGCGAUUGCAAUGAUAGGGACAGGAACAUGGCUAGUAGUAUCUCUUAAACAUGCCUGCAGUAUAUUCAAGAUUGCCAGUUACCGUAUCGAACUGGCGAUAAUAAAUAUUUUUUUCAAGAAUAAUAUGGUGGACGAGAUUACAAUUUAUAAAAGGAUAACUUACGCGGUAGACAUUCAUUGCAAAGCUAUGCAGUUCGCAAAAAAUGUAAUAACUAGUUUUGACAGUACAUUCUUUUUUUUAAUUGCGGUUGGUGUAGCUUCCUUAAGUUUUAAUCUUUUCCGUAUUUUUCAGAUAUUGUCGUCCGGAAACGAUAUGGAGGAAAUGAUAUUACGUCUUCUGUCAGGGAUUAUCAUUAUUACAUAUAUGUUUUUAGCCAACUAUGCCGGCCAGGAAAUUACUGAUCAUAAUAAUCACGUAUAUUUUACAGCGUACAACGUUUGCUGGUACAUAACACCUUUACAUGUGCAGAAACUGAUAUUAUUUCUGUUGCAAAGGGGCAGUAAAACGUUCAGUCUGACCGUAGGAGGCUUGUUUACAGCAUCCUUGGAGUGUUUUGCUUCGUUGGCGGGUGCGUCGGUAUCAUACUUUACUGUUAUGUAUUCCACGCAACAAUGAUACAUCCAUCAUUCAAUAGUACAUUGGAAUACAGUAAGGUAAAUCUGUAAAAAAUUCUUAGUGUUUUUAUCUAGAAGCAACCGUUGAAUAAACUUUUGCGUGAUAUAUUUCAAUGUCGCUAAGUUAUUAACAUUAUGAUUAACAUAUUAACAUAUUGAUUAUUUAAUGGAUAUUUCUGGCGCAGAAAUAUUAUGAAAAUCUUAAUAAUAUCCAGUAUUUACCGAAUUAAAUUUUGAAUUUUUAGUAAAUUUAAGUACUUGCGUAUGCAUACACAAAUUAUUUAUAGUGCUUAGCCUCAGUAUUAUUUUAAUAGUGCGAAUGUUAUUUAUGAAUUGUAUCUGUAAUGAAUUAAUAAUGAAUUGAACGAAUCUUGCAUGAAUAAAGUGGCCCCAUCAGUAAUAUUA